AUGUCUGGCCCUGAUCCUGGGCCAAAAGAAAGUAGAGGGCAGAAAGCCUUUGUCAUCAAGAUUGUUUCGGGUAACACACGCCAUGUGCCCACCUGGGAGCAGCUCAAUAGGGCGUCUAUAGGCUCGAGGAACCCCACCUGCUCACAGUCCAUUCUCGUAGUUGGCAUCACGGACACGACGUUCUCCUGGAUCAACGCACCAUACCCCCUUCCCUACAUGCCGACAGCUCAGUACGAGCUAGAGCUUUUGCCCGAGAACCCGCCUGCUGCAUCCGAUGGCGCCUCAAACGGCCAAACCUCACUCGCAAAGUCGGACCUCUUCUACAUAAUUCACUCCAGCAGCGAAGAAGACGGAGGAUCGAGGAAUCCGACCGUGAUCACCGAGCCCCACCCGACCACGGAGCCGACGAAAUCGCGGGGCGGUCCCAGCACUGCAAUCAUCAUUGUCGCCGUGUGCGUUGGCCUCGGCGUCCCGAUUCUUGCGGGCAUUGGCGUUUGGAUCUGGUGCAUGCGGCGAGAAAGGCGGCGGCGGCAGUAUGAGGAAAGCCGCAGGAUAAGAUAUCAGACAAUUAUUGACUAA